GGUGAUUCGAAGUAAUUCUUUGAAAAAUUUUUUAACUCUGUUGUUAGUUUAACUCUAUUGUUAGUUUUUGUCUUCUUUCGUUUGUUUCCUUCUUUACUCCAACUUCCUUUUGUAGUAAUUCAAUAUCGUGUAGUCUUGGAAACAAGUAGAAUAUAAUUUACGUCCUCGGUUGUCUAUUAAUUUGAUUGUUGAGAGGAGGUUCUUUAUCAGUUUCUAGUCAAAACAAGUAGGUGUAGGAGUAGGACAAUAUCGACAGCAAUCCCCGUUUUUCCCAAAGCUAUGACGGAAUCGCAGUCGUCAAGUGGUCCUUGUGCGCAAGGCGAGAGUUAUCUUGCUACAGCUGCUACGAUGCCAAGUGAAGGAACAUGGAAAAGGGAGAGGGUGCGCACGCAAACCUUAAUAGAGGACAGCAAAGCAAGCUCACUCCUGGGACUAAUACAUGAAACAUUCGUUAGAGCUGUCCUUCGGAGAAACAGGAUAGGGAGACUACUAGCGCUGUGCCCAUUGCUGCUUUCUGUUAUGUUGAGGGUUUCAAGAAAAAAUGUAAAUUUUUACUCUUCCGUUUACUUGACCAGCUUGAAACGGCUAAAUUUUUGCUCACAUUUUCUUUCACGCGAACGAAUACUACUUACUAAAAUCAACGGCUUUUUCCAAUCCUUUUCGAAAGUACAAACUUUUAGUUAUCCCUUUCUCAAGAACAUGACGUUUGCUUUUCCGAGCGAUUAUCUGCUCUAAUCGUAUCCACUGCCUCGCUUCGUGGAUCCUUGGUGUGAGCGCAAUUUCUGAUCUGCGCCCUGACGACUACAGCCAGAAUGGGGUAACCCUGCUCACGGCAGAUAACUUUGAUUAAGGCACACGACAAUUCAUAUUCAUGUAAAUGUAUUACAAAGUAUUUAUUACCUCAGAGGUUUUCUUCUGGGAUUGAUUCUUAGGUGGGUACUUAUGCCCGUAAAUAGAGAUGAAGAUUGGGCUCUAAUUUGCAGACUUCAUAACCAGUCACAAAUAUGUUUUGGUGCAGUUUUAUGCGCCAUGGUGUGGGCAUUGCAAGCAGUUUCGAACCGAAUACAUCAAGGCAGCUCAGAAACUUCAGGAACGGGGUAUUUGAUACUGGCUUCUAAGCAUACUCAGUCACUGGUGUGCAUGUUACAGGUACAUCUCAAUGUAAAAUCUAGAUCCACUGAAAGGCUGUACGCGGAAGAUUUAAUGAGGAAAGAAAGCACACCGCCUACUACUUACCUACCCGCCACCCACCCGCCUACCAACACCAUCAAAUCAGAUCCUCCGAUCCCUUUUGGAGUUGUCGAUGCUACGGUGGAUACGAAAUUGGCGGAGCUCUAUGGCGUCCGCGGGUAUCCGACACUAAAAUUCUUCGUAUCGGGAAAAGUUACGGCGGUUUUUCCUGUACUUAUAUUCUUCUACCCUGUGAGCGUUCUUCUACCCUUACAAGACAGCUUGUUCUACCCCUGAUAAUACAUGCAAGGCAGGAAAAGAACACGCACAAGUCCAGGGGUAGAUGCUUCAUCUUCCCAAGAUGGCAAAAUAGGAGAUUAUACAGACGACACAGACAACAUGGAAGAUAACCUAGUUCUUCUAAUAGAAACAUGGAGUAUGCUGGAGGGCGCAUGUGGGACAAUAUAGUGGCAUGGGUGGACAAAAAAUCAGGACCAAUCUUGGUACACUUGAAAACUGCAGAAGAAGUCAACGUUUUCUUUGACGCCAAAGCAAAAGAUGCGACUCCAAGUGGUAUGAAUAAAUAUGUUAUUGUUCGUUGAUACAAAUGUAAAAGAUGCGACGCCAAGUCGUGGUAUCAAUGAAUUAUAUGUUGAAACGUUUUUAAUCUCUCCAUUCCUGAACAUGAGGAGAAAUGCAAUAAAGGAGGACAAAUAUAGUUAGAAACAUUGCAAAAUUGACUGGGUAUAUCAUCAUAUCAAAGUAAAAACGUUGUCGAAGCAAGUUCUCUAACGUAAACGUUUUUGAUUUCAUUACCCUACCACGACUUGCAGGUAGUUCCGCUGCUAUUGGGGGUGGUAUUGUGGUCGCGUUUUGCGACGAUCCGGAGAAGAUUGAGACGCUAGAAGAUGUUGGCGUAACCUUUGACGACAUCUUUUUUGGACUGGCGCCGAACUCUUUACUGCGGCAAGUAGUAGACGACGCAACUAUCGCACGCGGACAGGCUGUUGUGGACGCGGAAAGCAGCGUGAAGAACUUACCAAGUGUCAAGCUAUGGUGUGAUACAACUUGUUCCUUGAUAUAAUUCGAUGAUUCUUCUAUAACACCAUCAUUUACGCAGAUCAUAGACCUAAAAACAUAUACAUCUGAUAAUGGUUGAACCAACUACUGGCCCAACCAAACCCAAACCCCGCGCCUCACUUUCUAAUGCAAAUCACGGAUGGCGACGUCGUCUAUAUGCGGUACCCCUUCGAUGAGGGUGCGGCAGUCGCGCCUAUUGUGACUCCGGAUGCUAUCUCGAUUAAAGGGCAAGAAGAGUACUGGGAGAGGGUCGGGGACGACAUCAGAUUCUUUUAUGGUCAGCUUUUCUCCAUCUUUCUUCUCGGAAUGUGUGUGGUAUCCUUUUCUUUUUCCAUAGAAGGAUACAAGGGAAAAGGUGCCAUCCCUCUGGUAUCCUUUUCUUCCCAUAGUACAUAGAAUAAAACAAGGGAAAAGUAGGUGCCAACAUGGAAGUAGAUCAGACACGCAGACACUGAGAUAUAGUCCUCAUAAAGUUAACUCUAAUUCUUUAUUGCGGUCUACAGUAUGCCAAACGUCAACGUAUUUACCGGAGAAAACGCAGCGUUGCUAUUCAAUGACCCAAGACCCAUGCUCGUCUAUUUCCGAGACGAAGGACGAGGUAUAUUUCUCAUUUGUUGCUAUUUUUGAGGAGUUUCUUUGAGUUGUUUGCUGGGAAGAAGAUAAAACUACUGGUGAAAGUCAAAGUUAAAUUGUGUAGCACAACCACGUGUUCGAAUACUUAAUAAGUAAGUGCUAUUAACCUAACAUUGCCUGUAUUUCUCGGCUCUUAUCUCUUGCUCACCAGGUGCGCUCGCCUCAGAGUCCCACAAAGACGGCAUUGUAACGCAACAGCAGUUGAUCGAAGACAGUCUGCACCAACUGGCGGUGAAAUACAAACAAGACUUUGUCGUCGUCCUGGCUGGAGCUGAACAGGUAUAUUCUUUCCACUCUGAGUGAUGAAGAUCAUCCUGUUGGCACAGAAUUUAAACUCAUGAUUUCAAUUUUUCUGCUCUAAGUCCGAGCUAUCUACAUCUACUACGUACUACUCUCAACUACGUACAACUACUCUCAUAGUAAACGCGGCAUGAGAGGAAGUUUUCACCAUUUUUUUGAAUACUUAUAUCCUCAGAUCUCCACAUCACCCUCACCCAAAAAAUCGCAUAUACCUCAAACAGCCGAUGGACAUGCGAUUGAUGGACUACGUAAGCGUAGAUUACGAGGACCUGCCAUGCAUUCGCAUCGUGAAGGACCCUACAGAUGGCAUGGUCAAGUACAAAUUGCCAAUCCAGUUACCGGAUACUGAAUCUUACGAGAUGUUGUUGUAGUUUGUUUUGAAAUGAGUAUAACGAUAAUUUAGUGCAACAUCUUUCAGAUUGGUUGCCAGCUGCAUCCUUGAAAACAAAAUUUUGCUUGUUGUAUUUCCUCUGCACAGAUGUGGUGAGCAGACUGAGACAAGCACUGAGAGUGUCGUUUCUGGAAAUCUAUGUAGUUAGGGAAAGAUUACUACUAGGAUGAAUUACCUUUAUCACCCACCACAAGGCAGAAAAUUCGAGUACUCCUCUAAGAAUCAGAGGACAGUGAUUUGAACUACCUGAAUAACGCUCUAGCCGUGACACCGUCAAAGAUCGAGGACUUCUGCGAGGACUUCCUGGACGCCCGUGCUGCACCGCAUCUGAAGAGCCAACACGCGCCGAGCCAGAACACACGGGAUCAAGGUCAAGUCUUUACCCUUGUCGGCGAAGAGUUCCUGGACACUCUCAAGAGCUCCGACGUAUUGGUCAAAUUUUACCUAUGGAGAAGAGAGCUUGAGCUUGUUCACUAUUGUUUGAUAGAUAGUCUAUUAUAGUGAGUUAGUUCUUCAAAACUAAAAGCGUAUGCGUACCACAAGAGGCUACUCAACAUCUUGUUGAACUUCUUCGAAUCUGCUCACUCCACAAUUUAUAACGACUAACUAAGUAGCUCUCGCUUGUCUUUCUAACCUCUGCUCCUUGGUGCGGCCACUGUAAAAAGCUGGAGCCUCUGUACCGCGAUUUGGCGGCCAAGUACAACGUACCGGAUUCCACGGUUCUGAUCGCGAAAUUCGACGCGACGGCCAAUGACCUCCCGCUGGAGGUAGAGGAAGUGAUCCAGGGCUACCCAACGCUGAAGCUGUAUCGCCGGAACGACCCAGAAUACCACAGUGUGCACUACGUCGGCGAUCGCAACUUGGAUACGAUGAUUCAGUUAUGACUUCUCUAGAACCAAGGUGGUUUACUUGUUUAACGACUUUCAUGGUGUACUAAACUGAAGCUUUUUUUCCCAACAACCUUUAGCCACCUUUUGGUACAACAUGAUAAGCCGACGUUCUAUGGAUUCCAUUAGACUCUUGCAAUUGAUGGCUUUUUUAAAUCGCCCUCUAUCGCAAUAGACUUUUUUAUCACUACUUCACAUUCUUCAUCUUGUGAUAGCUCUAAUCUCUUUCGUCGAGCAGUACCGAUCGAAGGACACGGAUAGCCCCUCAGAAGACGCAGCUGCGCAAGAGGCGACCAAGGACGAGUUGUAAACUCGGAUGUUAUAAUUACAUGUACUUAGUUCUUCUGGAUCAGCACAUUGAAAGGAAUAAUUUUCCCACAAUGUACGUACCUGUAUCUAUGUAUACGGUCUAUUUGUUUGAUGUGUCACCUACCCAACUAAAAAGGUAUCUAUUUGAUUUGAAGAUUGAUUCGCUUUUACUGUUGUAGUAAUGAGGAAAGCUAAAGCAGUAAGUCCCACAACGACGCCCGCGCCACACAUAAUGAGAAAUCCAAUGGAAUAUCGACAGUCCCUGUCGAACUAAUAAAGCACUACAACCCAAACGCUGACGAGAAGCUAGAUGUUGAUGAAACCCUGAGCGACACCGUAAUCACUUCUUUUGACGACAGAGUCCUUACGACGAC